ACCAGUGAGGAAGGAUCACUUCUGGAGAUCUCCUCCUCUGGAGUUUCAUAGCAAGCCUAGGAUAUGGAGAUGCAGCCUUCAGCAGCUCCACACUGACAUGCCAUCUCAGUGCAUCAUAUGUGCUCACUGUACUUCAGAGGGCCUCAUCAGAACAGCAACCCAUCGUGGUUUCAAAUGGGAUUCAGGGUAACCAGUUAAAUAUUUUAAAGAGAUCAAAGUGUUCCUCCACCAGGAAAGCAAGCAUGCAGUUUUUCUAAUUUAAAUAACUGAUUUGUUUUGGACUACAGUCAGUCUGUUUCCAAGGAAAUUCAAGCUGGGUGACUUUUGUUAAUGGAGACAAUUUACUGAAGGUGAAAGUGUUAUUAAGAUCUUGCAAUAAUAAUAUUAAAAAAGUAAAUUAGAGUUCAAAAUAAUAAGAUGCCUAAUGUAGCUUGACCCAGAUCUAGAGGAGCAAAUGGAAGCUCUGUUAUUUUUGAAUUGUUUUUCAAAACGGCAGAGAAGCAGCCCAUUAACUCUAGAAAAUAAAAUGCUGCGUGUUCAACAUUAUCAAACACUGAAAAAGAAUGUCAGUAAAUUUCAGGGUAAUACACAUGGUUGAUGAAACUAUUGGAUGCUAAAGGGAAAAAAAAUCCAGCAUCAGUGCUGGUAACAUCAGAGAUUGGUGCACAUCAGAUUUUAUUUGUUUUUUUCCUCUUGCCUUCUCAUCCAGAUAUCAGCAGCUAAGGGACACUUUUCAUUGCUAGAGUAAACUGUUCUUAAAUGAAGUCACAUUAAGUUAGUUUUUUUCUUCACUUUUUUAAUAACUUUAAUCAUAGCUGUAAUUUUUGUACUUUAUUGUGCACUCUUGGUGCUUAUUAUUGUUCACCUGUAGACAUUUAAGGUAAAACUCUGUACUUCUGGGGGCUGCUUUCACUUACAUUAAGCACUGAAGCAUUCAGCUGCUUUACCAAUAUCUCACCAGCUGGUAAACAACUCAAACAAAUGCUCUAGCAGUCUUGAUCCAAACUGGUACUGAACGACUCUGUUUGCCUUUGCAUGUGUGAAAGGCACAGAGAAGCCUAGAAAGACAGAAUUUGUAACAACGUCACAGCCAUGCAGAAUGUAAAGCCUUGUUUCAACACAUGGUCUGCAAAGAAAAAACCCUAAUCUCCACAGAAGAUUCAGCAAUGCCUCCUUUAAGAUGAAGUUACUGCUGUGAUCCCCCACUUGCUACUGGGAUGCUCCUGCUGGAUGUGAGAGGACGCUUUGCUUUCAUAAUGCUAUUUAACAGUAUAAAUAACAGAGGGUGCUGCAGGGUAGUUCUGGUGAGGACAGCAGGAUCCUUGAAAAUUGCUAUGAGACAUCUACUUGUAUCCUCUAAUCAUCAGACUGAAGGAUAAUUGAGCAGGAAGGAGGGAAAAGUUGUUCUUCAGCUGCUCAGGUAAAAGAAGCCUCGAAGGGGUGAUGCCAUUCUUGAGGGCUGCAAUUCCUGGGUUUGUUUGGAUUUAUGCAAGCAAAUUUGACAGAGGAUUUUAAUACAAGAAGAUGAAGACUGUAUUUUAUAUAUGUUUGCUUCUGGUUGGGCUUCAUGCUUUUGCUUAUGGUCAGCAUACAGCCAGCCACCACAAUGGACGUGAUCCAAACGAACCUAACUAUCAUAUGCAUCACAGUGCUGAAGCAGCUGCUUGCCUCAAGCUAGUGCCAAACAAUGCUGACUUUGCAUUUAAACUUCUAAAUGAAGUUGCACUGGAAGAGCCUAAUAAGAACAUUUUCUUCUCUCCUGUAAGCAUCUCCACUGCCUUUGCAAUGCUGGCCCUGGGGGCUAGGUCAAUCACCAAGAUUCAGAUCCUGGAAGGACUUGCCUUUAACCUUACAGAAAUUCAGGAGAAAGAGAUACAUGAAGGCUUCCACAAUCUCAUGCACAUGCUGAGCCAUCCUGAGAGUGGGGUACAGCUCAACAUGGGAAAUGCAAUCUUUCUAAAAGAGAAGCUGAAACCACUAGAAAAGUUUUUAGAUGAUGCCAAACCUUUGUAUCAACUAGAGGUUUUAGCUACUGACUUCAACAAUCCCACAGAGGCUGAGAAGGAGAUCAAUGAUUAUGUAGAGAAUAAAACACAAGGGAAGAUUACUAAUUUGGUUAAGGAAAUUGAUCCUCAGACUGUAAUGCUCCUGGCUAGCUUUGUUUUCUUUAGAGGCAACUGGGAAAAGCCUUUUAAACCAGAGAAUACUCAAGAGAGGAAGUUCUUUGUGGAUGCUGAAACUACUGUGAAAGUUCCUAUGAUGUAUCAAGUUGGCACAUUUGACUUGUAUUUUGAUGAGGACCCGCCUUGCACCGUGGUACGUCUUCAUUACAAUGGAAGUGCUACUGCAUUUCUAGUUCUGCCAGCAAAAGGGAAAAUGAAGCAGUUAGAGCAAACUCUGGACAAGGAAAGAGUCAAGAAAUGGUCAGACCAUCUAUUCAAGAGCAAAAUACAGCUCUACUUCCCCAAAUUUUCUAUCUCUGGGAGCUAUGAAAUAACAAACAUACUUAGCAAGAUGGGAAUUGUGGACGUGUUCACCAACCAGGCAGAUCUCUCCGGCAUCACUGGUGUCCCAGAGCUGAAGGUUUCUAAAGUUGUCCAUAAGGCUGCUCUGGAUGUUGAUGAGAGAGGAACUGAGGCAGCAGCAACAAUUGCUCCUAAAAUAAUGGCCCUCACUCGUGCUCCAGUCAUUGAAUUCAACCGUCCCUUCCUGAUGCUGAUUUUUGACAGAGACACAAACAGUACUCUCUUCAUAGGAAAAAUAGCUAACCCAACUACCACUAACAGAAGUGAGAUAUGAACUCUAAUUAUUGUUACUAAUUAAAGAAGAUGUGAAACUGCAUGAUGCUUAUUUCUAUUUGCACCAGUGUAGCAUACAGCUCUUUUCCAGGAGGAGUUUUUAUUCCAGGUCAUUACCAAAAAUUCUAGGUACUGAUUGUGACACUUUCUUAGGAGGAAGUGUGAAAAAAUGUUUUAAAUUCUUCUACCAAAGAAUGACUGUUUAUUUGACUGAGAAACAAGGGAAGACCUGUUAAGAUUCAACAGUAUUCAGAGAUAAAUGUUUGUAUAACAAUGGAAGACUUCUGCUUAGCAAUUCAUUGUCAGUCAGAAUAUCAGAUUAAAUGAUUAACACUUCUGCAAACAAAGCCUAAGCAGUUGUAAUUUACCAUAAAUACAUAAGCAAGUAAAUAAGAAAUGAGAAAAGCUGAAUCAACAAAGUAGGGUCAUGGGAGACUGAAGCUUCCAUUAACACCAGAGUACAUGAGGAGUUAUUUUCCAGCAGGCACAGAGAAGUCUCUUCUCCAUAAAUCAUUCAUCACUUUGCGUUAAUCUAGCAGCAAAUAUUUCUGGAAAACCUUCCUUCAGCUCAAAACAGAGCUUUUCUUCAGCCCGAGGACUUCCAAACAAGUAUUGUCUAUUUGACAGACUUAGCACACAUUAGUAGUUGGCUCUUCACACAUGCAUCCAUCAGUGGUCAGGAGGAUGUAGCUAGAUGAGCAGGUGAGGUAUUUGGACAACAAUUACCCAAGCAUAUUGUCAGAUGAGAUUUGUAGAAAACGCCUAAUUAGGGUCUAGCAGAGUGCCAUCCUUCCAUAGCUACCAAGGUAGAUAUGUAGGUAUCACCCUGUGAGCAGAUCUCCAGACUCAUGGAGUGCUGACACCAACUAUGAGAGUUAGAACAGCCUGAGGGCAGAAUGAUAACCUCUUUCAACAGACUUGCUUUGAAAGUGGGUACAAGAACACAGCUAACUCUUAACUACAACUGCAGUUUCGGAAGUAAGUGAAAUGGUAUCACAGCAUCAGAAAACACUGUAGGAGCAGCCAAAUGGCUUGGGAUGCAAGAAGCUUCAGCCAUAUGUUGAACAGUCUCUGAAAUUACAGCAAGGGUGAUUUUCAGCCUGACACACAUAAGGAAGACCAAAGUACUGUCUCUCCUUUACUGCCAAAAGAAAAUUUCCCUUUCUGUUCUGUGUUUCUAAUAAAAAUUCUCCAGUUGACUGUCA